AUGUCAGUAAAUGACGCCUCGUCCAGCAGCACCACCUCCCUAGUGGAGGACCAGCGGCGCAUUCCACUCGAGGCGAUACACACGCAACCCAUCGCUCAUUUGCACCUCAUCGCUUCCUCCGCCCUCUCGCUUCGACCCCCCAAAGAGCUGUGGAAUUGGGGAGGUACGUUUCGAGCCAGACCUCGGUUGAUAUUCGAUCCCGUCAAUGUGGAGCAAUGUUGCGCGCUCGUGGAGCUUGCAAGAAGGGAGGGAAAGGAGAUAAGAGCGGUUGGGAGAGCGCAUAGUCCUGGAGACUUGAUGUGGACAAAGGAUUGGGUCAUGAGGAUGAAAGGGUUAGAAGGUCUGGUAAAGGUGAGCAGGCCUCGUGCUUGUAGCCCUGCGAGCUUCCGCAACUGAACCGCCCGGUCGCGCCUUUGCAAGAUCGAUCAAACCGUUCCCAGCAUUACUGUCCUGAGCGGAACGUACGUGUCUGCGAUACAUGAGAUGCUCGCAGCAGCCGAUCCUCCACUGGCCAUGAGCAAUGUGGGAUCCAUUUCAGAGCAGACCAUCGGCGGAUUGAUCUCCACAGCCACGCACGGCACAGGUGUCGACAUGCCGCCCGUAUCCGCCCUGAUCCUCUCCAUGCGAAUCAUCGUCGCCUUGCCAUCCCAUCAAGGUGGCGUACAAGUGGUGAAGUGCAGCCCCACCGAACGGCCGGACUUGUUCAACGCUACACUGUGCGGAUUGGGAUGCACAGGGUUGGUGGUUGAAGCAGAAUUAAAAGUGGAGCCGGCUUUCUGCCUGAGACAGGUGGCGGAGGAGAUGCCAUUCGACUUUUUGUUCGGCCCGAGCACCGGUGCUCCAAGCGUCAUCGCGAAGGCUUCGCCUGCACCAUUUCGUCCCAAUGCUUCAAAUCGCACCUCCGCAACUCCGACUACCCCGACCGAAGUCACAGCAUUCCCAGAGCGACACAUCGACACGCUCUCUCGUGAGAGUCUUGGUCAUUUGUUAGCUCAAGGUCGACGCAUUCCCACAACUCGGUCUAAAUACCAGCCCAGCGUGCGCAACGAGGUUACCGGAGCAGUUUGGCCUGUACCUUCAUCAUCGGUGGACAAUGUCUCGCGACUAGACCCACCAGAUGAGGAUGAUGAUGAGGAGACCAGAUCCGCUCAGCGCAGAAUUAGCACCAUAGUCAACAGCACGCAGCACGCCAAGAUCAUGUACUGGCCUCAGGCGCGUAUGUGCACCUUGUUCAGGCAGGACCGAACGUUCGAGGUGAGUGUGAAGAGCGCCUUUGAUCAGCAUGGUAGGCUUGCUCAACAUGGCGCUGACUGAUGCCGCUACUUACGCACAGCCGCCUGUGCAAGCCACCCUGGCCAGCAGAGUGUACGGUCGGUUAGUGGGACACGACCUGGCACAAUUCCUCCUCUUCGUCUCGCGCUAUCAUCGCUCGCUACCACCACGAGUAGGCAAGCUGGUGUUCAACCUCACGCACCCCUCCCCUCCACGAAAACACAAAUCGCAUCUGAACGCUCACGGACAGGCCGGCUUCUCCUCUGCGGGCAAUCCAACCUCUGCAACACCCUCCCUGGCGCCAUCCACCGCUCGCAAGAGGUCUACACCCACCACUAAACUCCACACGAGCCCGAACUUGAGUAGCGAUGGGACCCCCGUGGGCGUAUCCGCUGAAGGACGUGUCGCGGAGGAAGGCGAACACGUGCAUGGGCCGUCGCAGCAACGUUCCCGACGUGAGAAUGAGGUCGAGAGUGCCGGCGGUGCGCCAGCGGGAGUAGCGAGCGUAGGCCGUACGACCGAAGAAGAUGCACCAGAACCCUCUAGUAGCUCGGCAGACGACUCCUCGCCUCACGCUUCGGCCGGAAAUGUCAUCGCUGCUGCCGAGCUGGGAGCAAGGGUUGGGGCUCUCAGGACGGCUGUCAAAAGAGGAGCAGUGGAUCGACCUGGUCUGCCCGCGCACCAAGUCUCGCUCGAAGAUUUCCUCUCUGGGGCUUCUACUAGCGCCACGCCGUCCACCUUUUCACCAAUCAUCUCUCGAUCGAACGUCGCGCCAUCCUUUGGACAGGGCGCAGGAACAACAACGCGAAAUCUGGGCGUCCAUGCGCCUCUCUCCUCCAAUCACGCGACCUAUACGAGUGUGAAUACGUCCCACUUGGUCUUCAAUAUGGAUUGCCUCUUUCCUCAGUACACGACCGAGUGGGCGAUACCUUUCGAACACACUGCUGCAGCCAUUCGCGCACUUAGAGACUGGUUGGACGCGGAGCAGGCGAAUAGCGAUGGCGAAAGACCGCAUUUCCCCGUGGAAAUUAGGUUUGGGGAUGCGGAUGGCAUCUGGUUGAGUCCGAGUCAGGGCAGAAAGACGUGCUUCAUCGGCUUGAUCCAAUUCAGGUGAGUCUCGACUUUUGAUUUUCGGGAUGCAGGCUUCAGCAGUUUCUCUCGCGACGCCAAUGACCUUCAUUGCCCCAUGCUCGACGCUUUUCUGACCCUUGUAUUGCUUGUCAUGCAGACCUUACAAUCGUCCGACGCGCUACCGCGUCCUGUUUGAACGCUUCGAAAUCCUCAUGCGCUACUUUGCAGGUCGACCGCACUGGGCCAAAUCGCACACGUGCGGCCACGCAGAGCUCAGAAAGCUAUAUCCUCAUCUUGACGAUUUUUUGAACCUUCGACGGAAUGUGGAUCCGGAUGGAGUCUUUUUGAAUCCGUAUGUCAGGAGGCACCUGCUCGGAGAGAUCGGCCAACAUACGAACCCUAGGUUUUUCAAGGCCAGGCUUUGA